UCAUGUGAUCCCAAGUGCAGGCCGUCAGGACGCAGCAGGAACACAGUUGUCCUCCAGGCCUUGCAGGCGUCAACAGGAGGACUCAUGAAGUACCAAUCGUUCAUCUCUGUCGGACUUCUCUGUGCGUCCGAGGACACUGAUGCUCAUUUAGUCCAGCACACGCGGAUUUAAAUCUAUGUCAGAAAUUACUUUUUUCAACGCUUGUUCUUAAGAAACAGAAUUCAAGCAAAAAUCAGCCAUGGAGUCGGAAGUGAGUAAGAUAUCGGUGUGGGUCUGUAGAGAAGAAAAGCUGGUCCUCGGGUUAUCAAAGCGCACAACCUGCGCUGAUGUUGUUCAAGUUCUUCUGGAGGACCAGAACUCGCAACACGGGCUUUCCGCGGAGCAGUCUUAUUGCAUCGUGGAGAAAUGGAGGGGGUUCGAGAGGAUUUUGCCGAACAACACAAAGAUUUUAAGGCUUUGGGUUGCGUGGGGAGAAGAGCAGAGGAAUGUGAAGUUUGUGUUGGUUAAAAGCGAAGCGUCUUUGGCGAAACAUGGUGCUCGGAGCGCAGAGGCGCGAGUGGUGCCAAGUAAGCAGAGCCCCUGUGUUACCAAGGGGACUGCACGGUCAACUGUGGGCGGCAUCUCACCCGAAAAACAGCGUCGGAUUGUCAGAAAAGCUUUCAGAAAGUUGGAAAAGAUCAAUAAAAAGAGGACUCGCGCAGCCCAGAGAGAUGCGUCCUGUGCGGAGAAAAUGGAAACUUUGGUUCAUCUUGUGGUUUCUCAGGACCACACAAUCCGCCAGCAGAUUCAGAGGAUUACAGAAUUGGACGUAGAAAUUGAAAUAUGUGAAGCGAAAGUGCAUUAUGACAGAAUUAAAAGACAUGGGAUUAAUUAUGUGCAAAACACGUAUUUGGUGGAUGCAACUCCAGCCUCAAGCCAAGAUGCAGAGGGACAGACUUCAAGUGAGACUUUGGCCAAGUAUGAACAAUAUGUACAGCAGUGUGAGGAGGUAAUUAGACUACAAGAGGAGCUGAGGGAGCAGGAGGCUGUCAUUGAUACAAUCACAGCUCAGAUCCAGGAGGAGCUGAACCACCGCUGGAUGCAGCGGAGAAAAGAGGAGCAGCAGAGCAAAGAGUCAGAACCAGGCGGAGGCUCACCAUUCCUCCCCAGCAGUGAGACUGAUACAUCAGAAAACGAGUUGUUCAUGGAGGAAGAGAGGAUAAAAACGCAACUAGAUGCGAGUUUGUACAUUGGCCUGCGCCUCAACGCGGAUUUAGAAGCUAUUAGGAGCGAUUUAGAGCUGUCCCAGCAGAUUUGCACGGCGAGGGAGAAGGAAAUGAGGGAUUUGUUGGCGAAAGUGAGCAGUUUGGACAUGGAAGAGGGGGUGGGGAUUGAUGAGAGAUGCAGCCACGGGACGAAGAUGGUGAUAACUUUGGAGCGGAAAAGCGGAUGGGUGGAGCAAGCCAGGGGUCUGUCAAAAGCUCAUAGCGUGAAUGACGACGACUCGGAUACUGGAUUAAGUUCUCUGCACAGCCAGGAUUCAGACAGCCUCCCGGUCUGGGAGUCACUGGUGUAGGAUUUAACCUGGAAAACAAUUUCAUGAACAUUUUAAAUGAAAAAAAAGUCUCAGGGAUUAUUAUGAUUACAUAGAUAAAAACAUUGUUAUCACAUUAAUCUUUGUACGUCAUUAUAAUAAGUCUUUAUACUAAUCAUAGUUGUUGUAUUAUUGGUAAAUCUCACUAAGAAAGCUGUUUUGACAUGAAAAUAAAAACAGUUCAGCUGCAUGUUUUCUGUCCUUGCAAUGACAUAACAAAGACAAAAAAAUAAAAAUUAAAGCAGCAGAAUGAGUUACAAGUGAUGACAUAAGAUGAGGUAGCUAUAACAAAUUCAGCAUGGUUGCAGCAGAUUUCCACAACUUCUGCAACUAGAUGCACUCCAGAGACAGCUGGGUGGCCUAGCCAAAACAAAGAUAAGUGUUUGGAGUUAGUCAUCUCAGCUUUCACAGAGACCCAGACACCAAGAGACAAGAAACAAAAAGGAAACUUUUUUUUUUGCUGUGAAUCAUAAAGUCAUAAAACAUCUGAACUCAAAACAGAGGCACAUAGCUCAAACAGGUGGUCAGCAGAGACGACCUUUUUCUAACAUGAUAAAUUCUGACAUUUUGCACACAGACAUGGAAAGUGUGUGUGCUUUAUCUUUCAGAUGUUUCAUAUUUGCAUCUGUACUUGCUGAACCUGAACAACAUCACAAUUGAAACCUUGA